AUAUCUCUUGCUCCCCGCUCAUUGGCCGCAUCCGCAUCAGCAUCACGGCGCGCGCGUACUUAUUCUCCCCCGCCCGCCCUAGCUGAUCUCUCUCUCUCUCUCCCUCUCUUCGUUCUCCUCCACACACCGAGCCGACCGAGCACAUCAUCAUUCUCUCGCAAGGCACCGCGUGUACGAGCUAGCCAAGCGGCCGGGGCAGAAGCAAACAAGCUCACACAAACCACACGCGGAGAGCCAGAGGAGUGGUGGAAGGAGGAGGAAGAGCGAGGGGUCAAGGGCUCAAGCUCAAGAGAGAGCGAGUGAGUUCACUCAACGUGCGGCGGCGGCGACGUCCUACGUCCUACGCACAGGAUGUCGGCGUCGAGCGCCGCGUGCCGCGUAUGUGGCGGCGUAGCGGAGUGCGCGUGCCACGGCCACGGCGCCGGCGCGCGGUGCGGGGCCGCCGUCGCGGACCUCAACCGCGGGUUUCCCGGGAUGUGGCACCAGCACCACCAGCAGCCGGAGGAGGAGGAGCCCAGCGUCGCCGGCGGUGGCGCGGCGGCGGGGCUGCAGGAGUUCCAGUUCUUCGGCCACGACGACGACCACGACAGCGUGGCGUGGCUGUUCAACGACCCGGCGCCCCACCUGCACCGCGGCCCGGCGCCGGCCGCGGGCGCGGCCGGGAACGGGGUUGUGGCCGAGGCCGCGCAGCGGAGAGCGCCGCUGUUCGACGGGUACGCGCACGCUCAGUACGGCCAGCUGCCGGGCCACGGGCUCAUGUUCGACGUGCCGCUGGGCCGGGGCGGCGACGACGACGCGGCGGUGCUGGAGGCAGGGCUGGGGCUAGGCGGCGCCGGCGCCGGCGCCGGCGACAGCAAUCCAGCGACGACGUCCAGCGCCACAAUCAUGUCCUUCUGCGGGAGCACGUUCACCGACGCGGCGGCCAACGGCAGCGCAAGCGGCGCCGACCCGGCAGUGGACCGGGAGGCGAAGGUGAUGCGGUACAAGGAGAAGCGGAAGAGGAGGCGCUACGAGAAGCAGAUUCGCUACGCUUCCCGUAAGGCGUACGCGGAGAUGCGGCCGCGCGUCAAGGGCCGCUUCGCCAAGGUGCCCGACGGUGAUGCUCCCGCGCCACCAGCGCCGGCCGCUGCGGGGGGCUACGAACCAGGCCGGCUCGACCUCGGAUGGUUCCGUUCAUAGCAAACACCUAUGUCGGUCACAUCAUUAGCGGACUCCAACGGAACCCCGGCCCCCUCCCCUGCCGGGCAUGGAGUGCCCCGGCGGCUUUCCCUCGCCUCCAUCGGCGCCCACACGGUGGCCCCCUCGUGGGGUGAGACAACCAAAUACUCCCGUAGAGGGACUCUAAUCUCUCUCUCCACUAAUUAAUUGUAUUUAGUGUAAAAUUAACUUUUUAGUAUAAUUAGCAGAUAACAAUGUGUAUUAUUACGGUACUAUAAAUAUGAUAGUAUUUUUUAAAACUUCAAAAACUAAUAUAUAUAUAAGUCAAAUAACUCAUUUAAAGAGUAAAGGUGAGGGAAUGGUUGGAGAGAAGAAAAAAUAGGAAGAAGAAUGAUUGAGAGGGAAGUAUUUAAAUACGAAUAGGGGGAUUUAAGAGGGGGAAUAGUUGGAGAUAGCCUUAGAGCAUGUCCAAUAGUUAUGUAAACAACUUCCUAAAUAUGAAUUUAAGAAGUUUUCGGGGAAAACUCUUCUCCAACAUAUAUGUAAAGCAGGUCAUUUAAUUUACAAACUCCCUACAAAACACAAUUUCAGUCCUACAUUUACGAACCUCGUUGGGACUCCCUACAUCAAUGUUGGUUCUAGAUCCAUCACGAAAACCAUAUUUCGGCCACCGUUUUGUGUCGUCCUACCAUCCCAUUGACCACAAAUCUAUCUCCAGUGUCAUGUGUUAUCUUCAUGCUAUCGUCGCGACCUUCAUCAAUAACUUCGACCUUCCAAGACAUUAUAGAAGGUGUUGAUGUGCUAGCUCACUUUUUAAAGCAUGUUCACUUUUUUGUUGACGUGGACAAUUUUAAAAGUUAGCAACCAAUAAAUAGAGAACUAUUGGAGCACACAUAAUUUUCUACUCUUAAAGUGAUUUAGCAACUUAUUAAAUCUAUAAUUUAGGGUGCUAAAUUUACAUAACGAGAUGUUCGUGGGGUAUAUGUAUAGUCAAUUGGUUAAUUAAGGGUACGAGAUAAAUACGCACAAAAUAUUAAAUGUAUAUGCAAUCGAUGCACGAGUACCCAACUCUAAAGAAUAUAUAUAUAUAAUGCAAUUAAAAUAACGAAAAGUCAUAGAAUGUUUUUUUAAAAAAUACUUACUUUAUUAUUUAUUCAAAAUUUUAUGUUAUAAUUUAUCCUAUACUAAAUUAUACAAAAAUAAAAUUCUAUCUAAUAAAAAGGACUAAAAUAAUAUAUUUUCUUUUUUAUUUUUAAAUAUAGAUAAAUUAGAGCUUAAGAUUCAAUAUAAUGAAGUACACUUUAUUUAGAUAAAGUUUUUUGAAGUUGUGAUUUUCAAGCGACAACUAUUCACCUCCUCUAGGUGACUAUCACUUCUUGACUUGACCAGUGCCAUAUUCACUAGCCUCUAUCAAAUGUCAUAUUAUGUUGCAUGCAUCAACCAAAUCAACUUAAAAGCUUAAGCUAUUUAUGGUUACAUGCAAACCUAUAAAGGAUAACUAUCACGCUUAUGUAUCAGAGAACAACUAGGUUUCAAGCAAAUUAGCAAAAAUUUGUUAAAACUCUAGACUGAAAAAGAUCCCAUUGGGGUGAGAAUAAUAGCAAGUUGUCCUAGGUCGCCCACCAAAUAUAGUGUGUCGUCCUUGUUAAUGGAUCAAAAGAGUAGUUGCAACAUCAGGUUAGAAAAGUAGUUCAAAAGUGAAGACAUGAUAAAAGUAGACUUGUAGAUUGAUUUGAUUGGCUUCAGUUCAAUGAGUCAUGGUCCUUUAUAUAUACAUGGUGGGAUUUUCUUAUCUAGUGGAACACCAAAACCAACUAAAAUCGUGUCAAAAUGCAUUUCUAAACUUGAACUAGUACGAGAAACCAUUCUUAGCCGACUUUUAUAACUACUCAAAUCAAUUUCUAUGGUAUGAACCUUCUCAAACAUUAAUUUUAUUUGACAUGAAAUUAGGUGUUUUAUAUAUGAUUUUCGAUCAUCUUACCAAACCUCACAUGACUAGGAUAGAACAUAAUUAACCAAAAACUAAAUGCCAAAUCGAACUGAUCAAGACCGAGACCAGAUUUUUGGUCACUAGUUGAAUCCCAAGUCUAUACUAACCGGUGUUGAGGAUGAAUCGACGCCUCGUCCAGAUCCGAUAGGAAGUUGAGGAUGGCCGCGAUGGAGGUUAUUGUGGCACCACUAAACCCUAGUCGCCAUGGUAGAGGCGAGCGCAGAGCAAUAUGAGAGUCGGAAGGAGACGCUUAGGGAUGGGGCUGAGUAGAAGCUUAGGUAGAGAGUCGAGAGUCUGGAGACGGGAGUCGAGACUUGGGGGGGAAUGAAUCGUCGAUUCCAAAGUGUUUGUGAUUUCUUUUUCGUUAUUCUCCCUCACGGCCAAAAUAUUUGUUUUGAGAAGUCGUCUAUUUUAAAUUGUAAUUCUUUAGCUUCUAAAAUGGCUAAACUUUAGUCACUUUGCUUUAGCUCAUGAGAUCCAAAAUGGUCUUUA